AUGCACGCAGAGCUGCAGGCGGCGCUGGAGCAGGUGCGACAGCAGCGGCAGGGCAGCCGAACCGCCACCGCCGCCGGCAUAGCGGUGACUGGCACGGGCUUCUAUGGCGAGGACCGUGCCGGCAUCCGCGUACUGGCGCACCUCGGCGGCAUCACCUACAGUGGCGACUUGAUCCAUGGCACCACCACGCAUCUGGUGCUUGCGCCGGGUGGCAUCGCGGCAGCAGGGGCCGGUGAGCUCACCCGCAAGGUGGCCAAGGCAGCAGAGUGGGGUAUCCCCUGCCUGCGCUUCGCCUGGCUGCCAGACAGCAUCCUGGCCGGCCGCCUGCAGCCGACAGAGCCCUACCUGGUGCCCUCGCAGCCACAUCCCCAGCAGCAGCCGGGCGCCUGGCAAGGGCGGCAGCUGCAGGAGCAGCACGCAGCAGCGGCAAACGGCGCGGCACAGCAGCGUGCCAGCUGUUGGCAGCUGCCGCGCCACCCUCGGCCCUCCAGCGUCGCCAGCAAUGCUCCGGCCGCUGCCGGCGGUACAGAUACGCGGCAGCAGGCCGCUGGGUGCCACAGGAGCGAGGAGGAGCCUGUGCUGGAGCCUGCCCCACAGGAGUGCAGGCAGCACCCAGCUCCACACGCCGCUCUGGCUGCCGUGGACAACCUGCUGUCCGACCAGCUGCGGCGCAUGUCCAUCAGCCCAGAGCCGCCAGCCGCGGCCCAGUCGCCAGCUUCGACCGCAGCGCUGCUGCCGCUGGUGCCGCGGUGGCCGGACGACAGCCCGCCGCAGCAGCGCAGCCCCUCGCACAGCCCCCAGCGCUCGCUGUCCAUGCAAGGCAUGGUGGGGCCGGCGGGCCAGCCAGCGGCCACAGCGGCAUGCUCCCCUGGCGACGUGACCAGUGGCGGCCAGGAGGCGGAGCCGCCAGCGGGCUUCAGCCCCAUGCUGCAUUCGCCACCGGACGAACAGCACCGCGGGGCGGCAGGGCAGCCGCAGGGCGAGGCAUCUGCCGACCCAGCUUGCGCCGCUCAGCCCUUCUCUUUCUCCUUGGCAGGCGCGCUGGGGCGCAGCCCUUCAGAUGGCGCGAUGGGCGGCAGCCCUAUGGCAGACUCCCCCGCAGGGGCGGGGCCAGUGCCAGAGUCGCUGUCCAGCGGUGGGGACGGCAGCGCUGCGUCCGCACCUAGCUCCAGGCUGGCUGGCACUCCGGCAGAUGGCGGCAGCCAGGAGCCGGAGUGCACUCUGCCGACACCCGCAUGCAUCGGGGAUUGGAGCGACGAUGGCAGCGACUACAUCGGCAGCCCAGCAGCGGCGGGUGGCGAGCAGGGCGAGGAUGGGACCAGCCAGACGCCGCCUGCCAUUCGCCGCGUGCUGGAGGGAGGGUUGAGCCCCACCCAAAUUGAGCCGCGGCCCGACCAGCAGCAGCAGCAGCAGCACGCUCAGCGGCAGCGGGCAGAGGCAGGGGCAGAGGCCAUGCAGCGCACGCCCGCGGCAGUGCGGGACUGGUCUGAUGAUGAAACGGAGGCCUCUGAGCCGCCGGCAGCCGACUUGUUCAUUUCAGACUCCGAGUCAGAUGGCGGCGGUGACCUGGCGCCAGCACCGGCGCCGCAACAAAGCCAGGAGCAGGCGGCUGCCCGCUCCCUGCCGCCAAAGCAGCAACCCAGGCUGCUGCUGCAGGUCAGCAGGCCGUCUGCUGCUGGCCAUGCGACAACGGGCAGCAGGUCGCCGGCAGCGGUGGCAGCCACGCACAGCAGGCAAAGCGCAGGCAUGGCAGCGGCAACUCCAGCAGCAUCGCUAGGCGACUGUGAUGAGCCCAUGUCUAGCCCUGGCGGUGACUGGGAGGCUCCGCCACCGGCCACCGGCAGCGACGACGCAGUGCAGCGCGCAGCAGCUGAUGGCGGCCCCUCUCUUGGGCAGCCGCCAGCCGCAGCGCCGCCUCGGCCAGGUAGCAGCAGCUUGGUGGGCGCAGUCAACGAGCGGUUUGUCACCAGCAGGCGGCCGGUAGCGGUGGCUGGAGGCGGAGACAGGCAGCAGCAGCAGAGUGUCCGUGACUGGAGCGAGGACGAUGUCAGCAGCGGCGACGACGUUCCCAUGCCCAAAGGCCACCACCGGCGGGGCGGCGGCGGGGUGACGGGGCUCACGCAGCUGGACCCGGCAUCGAUAGUUGUCGCGCGCCCCAAGCCCCCUGGCAGCGUGUGGGGGGUUGGCGCUGCAGACGGCGGCUCUGGCGGCGUGCUGGGCAUCAAGUGGCUGCAGCGCCCCUCCCGCGGCAACAUGGUGCGGGCGCACCACGGCCUGGCCAACCUCAAGUCGGUGCAGUUUGCAGAGCAGGUGCAAGUGGCAGCCGUCGGCGGCCUGCUGCUGAGCACCAAGGAUAAGAAGACGGCGGUUAGGCUGCAGGCGGGCGGGGUGAGCCCAGAGGAGGCGGAGGAUGAUGACUUCAUGCCAACCAGCAGCAGCGGCAGCAGGCACAGCAGCGGCAGCAGGCAUAGCAGCGGCGAGGCUGGCCACCACCAGCAGCAGCAGCAGCAGGCGGACGAGCCGGUGCUUGCAGAGCCGCAGGCCUUCUACCGCCUGCCCGCCGGCACCUGGUGGCUGGAGUACUGCCGCUUCUACACUGCGGCCCAGGCAGAGGCGGCGGCGGCGGCGGAAGGGCACUCCCUGGCACUGCCACCCGGAUUCGAUCGCGAGUGCGAGCUGCUCAAAGCGGUGGCGCGCCAGCACGCCCCCAUGGCUGACAUUGCCGGCGGGGUGCAGGUGCGGCGCGUGAAGCAGGGCAGCGCCACGCUGCGCUUCCGCGGCGGCGCCGCCGGCUCCUCCCGCUCCCACUUCUGGCGCCUGGCGCUGGACACGCAGGCAUGGCGCGUGCUCACAGACCGCCCCAGCGCCGACUUUGUGGCCGUCGAGUGA